CAAGGAUGGAUCAUUCCCAGUGCCUUGUGACUAUAUACGCCUUGGUGGUUCUGCUGGGUCUCCGGCUAGAGCAAGGCGCCUGCCAGCACUAUCUGCACAUCCGACCGGCUCCCAGCGACAACUUGCCCUUGGUGGAUCUAAUCGAGCACCCGGACCCUAUCUUUGACCCCAAGGAGAAGGAUCUUAACGAGACCUUGCUAAGGAACCUCAUGGGCGGACACUUCGACCCUAACUUUAUGGCUAUUUCCGGCAAGAAGCACAGGCUGAGCAAGAAGCUGCGCAGGAAGCUGCAGAUGUGGCUCUGGUCCCAGACCUUCUGCCCGGUCCUAUACACGUGGAACGAUCUCGGCAGCCGCUUUUGGCCCCGGUAUGUCAAAGUGGGCAGCUGCUACAGUAAAAGGUCUUGUUCAGUCCCAGAAGGCAUGGUUUGCAAACCUGCCAAGUCCGUGCAUUUAACGAUCCUGAGGUGGAGGUGCCAGCGUCGGGGGGGCCAGAGGUGCACGUGGAUACCCAUCCAGUACCCCAUCAUUUCGGAGUGCAAGUGCUCCUGCUAGGGCUUGCCCUUACCUUGGCUCCCCCCUUCUCCAGCGGACUCACGUGGACCUUUGCUGCAACAAAAAUAAAAGACAUUUGCUUUCUGGUUAACGUUGUAAUGCACUGUAACGUGUAGGAGAAUGUAUAUUGUGUGUAUAUAUGGCACCGUUUUAAUAUACUAUUAAAAGGUCAGUAUUAUACGUGAAAUAAUCAGCGUCUACUGUAUUUUUAAGACUAUUACCCUGA